AUGGAAAGUUUACUCUUAAAUUUAUCUCGUCUAAAACAUUUUGAAUUGCAUGCUGAAAAAGAUGCUAUUGAUUUAGCCAAUGGACAACGAUGGGAAAAUAUCUCUGGUUCACUCGUCACUUUUAACUUUUUAUUUUACGUAACACUACCUGAGGGUGGGGUAUGGAGGUGGGUGUGGGUAUGAGUGUAGAUAUGGGUGUGGGUGUGGGUGUGGGUGUGGGUGUGGGUGUGGAUCAAAGAAAGACUAACACCACACCCACACCCUACAGCCAUAUCCCACACCCCGGCUGUUUGAUUUUUUGCUUUUUUUUGUAAAAUAUUUAAAAACGAACCUAGUAGAUUGUUUCAAUGACAUUUGAUAUUUAUAGCUUGAAAUAUGGACGCUGAUAUUUUACUCGAAAGAAAAUAUUUUUUUGAUCAAAUAUGCCUUACCAUGAAACAGUAUUUUGAAGAUUAUGAAUGCUAUCGUAACCCACCACUCUAGUAGAUUCAUGAUGUCACAGAGGUCCAUAAAAUACGAGAGAUCGAAAUCCAGAUAAGUGUAGAAAUCAAUUUUUUAAGACUACAUUUAUUUAAUAUUUUUCCCAUAGUUUUAAUUGUUAGAGUUGUAUUUCCACCCAAUAUAAUGAGUGAAUGAUAAUAUCACGAAACAGAAUACAGAUGCAUUAUGUUUGGAGCACAUCAUUUUAUAAUCGAUUUCUUUAACAUGCCACUUUCUGUGAAUAAAAAGAAAAGGUGUCACUAAAAAUCAUGGAUAUAUAUAUAGUGAACUUUAUUGCCAUAUCAAUUUUUCAGUUUUCUUCAUCUCAAUAAAUAGAUAGACACGUAGAAAGUUUCAAUUUUCUCCACUGAAAUAAGUUCUAUCUAUCCAAACAACUCUAGAUUCCAAUGUACCUAAACAUUAGGCUAGUAAUUCAGGUGAGACUCAAGCCUGUCAAGCCUAUACGUUCCGCCGCCUAUGGUUUUGAAUAUCGAUUUUCGUUUAUUUCCUACAUAUGAAUAGGAAUAUGUGCAUGGUGAUUUGUUUUUGAAUAUUGUUUUUUGUUUAAUUCCUAUCAUAUGAAUAGGAAUGUUUUGAAAGUGCGGUAUAAUGUGGGUGUGAGUGUAGGUGGGUGUGGGUGUGGGCGUUAGUCUUGGUGGGUGUGGCUGUGUGCGUGGCUAUCGAUGCGUAUCAAUGACAUAUUCACACUCACACCCACACCCACCCACACCCACACACCCACACCCCACAUACCCACACCCCACACACCCACACCCACCCACACCCACCCACACCCACCCACACCCACACACCCACACACCCACACCCCACA